AUGGAGCAAGUGUUUGCCGAAUUCCUGGGUGCUCUUUUCUUGAGCAGCCCCGAGAUGGAGAACAUCCAGACGAUGUGGAAUGACGUCACGUCUUUCUUCUCGCCUGCAGACACUCUUCCAUGGACGGACGAGAAAACUAUUCAGGCGUGUGAGAGGGACAUGCUCGAUCCAGGGCAGACAGCAGCAGCGAGGGACAAUCUGAUGAAGCUGGCGUGGGCGCUGGUGCAUUCGAGGAGAGAGGCGGACGUGGUGCGGGGGAUUGCCAUGCUGGAUGAGCAGCAGAGGGGAGUGACAAAUACCAAGGACAGGCACGAGGUGCUUUACCUCAAGGCUGUGGGGUGCUAUCGCGCUGGCGAUCUGCAGCAAGCCAGGCAACUCGUGGAAGAGGCGCUCAAGCUGUCACCUUCAUCCCACCAAGGUGCCUGCCUCAAGAAGUGCAUAGAGAGCAAGAUAGCCUCAGAUGGAGUGAUUGGAGUGGGUAUUGCUGCUGGCGCUGUUGCAGUUAUUGGCGCUGUGGCUGCUGCGGCAAUUGCUGGGGGGCGCAAAUAA